GAGAGAGAUCAGCGUUUAGGAUACAGCAGAGUGUGUGAGGAGGAAGCAGAGGCUGUGGGAUGCUGACAGACUCUUCAUAGAUGCUUAAAAUGGCGAGAGCGUCUUGGACCCCAAUGAACCACUGAACCGCAGAUUGGUUGGUCGGAACAUGCCGUAGCUGAGGCUGGAUGUUUGAAUUGCAUUUCAUUUCAGUUUUUGUUUUUUUAAAACCCCGCUGCUUCCUCUCCCGGUUAAACGCUGCAUUUUUUACUAUUAUUAUUAUUAUUUAGUAUUUUUUUUAUUUUAUUUUUUUUAUUUUUACAAGUGCUGGAGUGUUUUCUGUGUUUAAAUGGCAUCCACACGGCGCCGAUGUCUUGUUUCGUGCUUUUUGGGAAUCCUUCUAAACGCUUUAAUCGGUGUGGUGUGUGGAGCUGAGCUCUCCUUCAAGCUGGAGCCCAGAGACAUCAUUGCUGUUCAGGAGCAGCCGCUCAUGCUCCACUGCCAGGUGGAUGGCAUCCCACCCAUCAGCACUCAGUGGAGGCACAACGGCCUGCUCUUAACUCAGGACCGACAUCACACCACCUUCAUCAAUGGAUCGCUUAUGAUCGCCCACUUCCAAAAGACCAAGUCCGACGGCUCAUCGGAUGAAGGCGACUACGAGUGCAUGGCUCAGAACUCUUUUGGCCGUGUGGUGAGCCGUAAAGCCCGCAUUCAGGCAGCCACCAUGGCAGACUUCCACGUGCAACCAGAGUCGGUGCAUGCUGAAGAGUCCGGUGUGGCUCGAUUCCAGUGCCAGAUCCGUGGUCUGCCAGAGCCGGUCAUUAGCUGGGAAAAAGACAGCCGCCCAGUGGACACCGCAGACGAGAGGUACACGCUGCUACCGACAGGUGUUUUGCAGAUCACAGGAGUUCGUGAAGAGGACAGUGGAAAGUUCUGCUGUGUGGCACACAACAGUGCGGGAGUAAAACACAGUGCAGAGGCUCUUCUAACGGUUUCAGGCUCUCAGUCGUCGGUUUACAAAGAGCCCAUGAUUCUGGUCGGCCCAGAAAAUCUCACCCUCACUGUUCACCAGACUGCCAUCCUGGAGUGUGUUGCCACAGGAUACCCUCGGCCCAUUGUGUCUUGGAGCAGAUUAGAUGGCCGGCCCAUUGGAGUGGAGGGAAUUCAGGUGCUCGGCACGGGGAACCUGAUGAUCUCAGAUGUUGGCGUGCAGCACUCCGGCGUCUACGUUUGUGCUGCUAACAAACCGGGGACACGCGUUCGCAGGACAGCUCAAGGACGACUUGUGGUCCAAGCUCCGGCAGAGUUUGUUCAGCCCCCACAGUCCAUCGCUCGACCAGUCGGCACCACGGCCAUCUUUACCUGCCAGGCGCAGGGCGAGCCUGAGCCUCUGCUCACCUGGCUGAAGAACGGACAGGUUCUGGAGCCAGGGGGACACGUUAAACUCAGGAACAACAACAGCACUCUGACGAUAUACAGCAUCAACCAGGAGGACGAGGCCAUCUACCAGUGCAUCGCUGAGAAUAGUGCCGGCUCCACUCAGGCCAGUGCCCGUCUCACCGUGCUCUGGGCUGAUGGACUGCCCGGUGUGCCCACCCACGUGCAGGCCGAGGCCCUCUCCCCAACCACCAUCCAGGUGUCCUGGAGGGAGCCCAACCAGAACACUCAGGACAUCAUCGGAUAUGUGCUCCACAUUCGCAAGACAUCAGAUCCGCUGGAAAUGGAGUAUGAGGAGGCGGUGAGCAAGGCGACGCUGCAGCAGGUCAUCCGCGACCUGGAGCCCUCCACCAGUUACACCUUCUAUGUCAAGGCCUACACAUCCCACGGAGCCAGCAAAUCUUCAGAGAGCGUUGCAGAGAGCACUCACGGCGAGGUUCCCGCCCCUCCGGCCCUCUUCACCAAAGUGUUGAACAGCAGUGUUGUCCAAGUAACGUGGGAAUCUUCCUCCAAGAUGGGCCACCAUCAAGGCUUCAGACUCUACUACAGGAGAGCGCACACGCCGCUGUUUAUCGGACCCUUCCCCUUUCCUCGCAACGUCACCCAGCACAACCUCACUCAGCUCGAUUCGUCUAUGGUUUAUGAGAUAAAGCUUCUUGCUUACAACCAACACGGAGACGGGAACGCCACCACCAGAUUCGUUUCACUUCGGGAGGCACUGGAAAAAUCUGUGCUGGACGGCUCAUGUGACUGCAUUAAAGAUGAGCAGAGUAAAACCUCCACUACCGGCAUCAUAAUCGGCAUCCACAUUGGCGUGACUUGCAUCGUCUUCUGUGUGCUCUUCCUCGUCUUCAGCUACCGCGGCAGGCUAAUGAUGUGUAAGACAGUUCAGGCCACCCCCCAGGCAGGGCACAGCGCAGUCCUGGAAUCCUCUUCCUCUUCUCAGGGGGCCUCUGGGCUCAACGGGGCUGCCAGGAGAGAGAUGGAGGUCAAUGGCAGCGCCGCAGGGAAGAAAGUGGUCGACAGCAACGAGCUCCAGAGACUCUUCACUCAACCCAACGCACAAGACGCAUGCAUGUCCAACUCCUACAUCCUGAACGACACCCAGCUGUCUACCAUACCUUUGGAUGAGUUUGUAGAGGAGAGAGAGACGCCGUUUCAGGAGCAUCCUCCUGCCAGAGCGGCUCAGCCGGACCAAGGCUGAUCAUGUAUGAAGGCCCGUUCACAUUCGACACUUCUAGUGUCCACUUAGACUUUUCUCUCACUCAGGUCGACAAGUGUUUCUUUUCAAAGUAUUCUUUCCUUUUGUGCAAAGACAUUUUUUAUGAGUAAGUUAAGACGUUUUUGAGGAUCUGUGACGGUUUAUUGGCGUGUUUUUGUUCAUUUUCUGGUGUUUGGCAGCACAGUGAAUAGAGACCCCUGAAUGUCUUUGCUAUAACUUUAUUUUUGUUUUU